CGACAUCAACCAUCUAUCUAUCUCGCAUCUGCCGCACCGCCAGCCCUUGCCGCCGCCCCUUCCAUCUCAGCCGGCGUCGCCCCCUUCAUCUCCAGGGACGCUUCUUCUUCAUCAAUCUCGUUUCGCCCUCCGCAUCCCAGAGUCGUCGUCAUGGAGGUCGAGAAGCAGCAAGCGGUGUCGGACCUCCUCACCCCCAAGAACGGCGCCUUUGGGCGGUUACGAGACGUCUACGCCGCGUUCCAGGAGCGGAGAGAGGCAUUGGGGCUGUCCAACCCCGGCACCGUCGAGAACAUUGCGAAGGAGGUGCAGCGCGAUGUCUUCCUCAACAACCUGAGCUUCUCCGGCCUGCGCGCCGAGCUCACCAAGGCCUUCAGCGCCUCGCCGCUGUUCCAGGUGUCGCACGCGCUGUCAAUGGGCUCGCAAGCGCAGCCGCCAUAUGCAUACACUGCCCUCUACGGCUCGCCCAAGGUGUUCCUCCAAGGCAACCUCGACAACGAGCUGCAGUUUUCCGGCCGCUUCAACUGGCGCUGGACACAAGCGCUCGUCUCGAAAAGCUCGGUGCAGCUCACCUCGCAAGGCAACAUGGUCUCACUCGAGAACGACUACACCGGCUCAGACUUCUCCGCGUCGCUGAAGGCCGUCAAUCCAUCGUUGCUAGAUGGCGGCAUAACCGGCAUGAUCAUGGCCAGCUACCUGCAAGCUGUGACACCGAGACUGUCCCUCGGCAUCGACGCCUUCUGGACCCGCCCUGCCAUGGCCUACCCCCCGGAGCUGAACGUCUCAUACGCGGCGCGAUACAAGGCGGCAGACUGGAUGGCGUGCGGACAGAUUAUUCCGGACAGGGGCGUGCUUGAGGCCUCAUACUGGCGACGGUUGUCCGAGAAGGUCGAGACGGGCAUCAACUGCAACCUCGCGUUCGCGGGCGUGGGUCCGGGCGGUCCAAUGGGUGGCAUGGGCAUGCAGAAGGAAGGCAGUGUCACCAUUGGUGCCAAGUACGACUUCCGGUCGUCGUCUUUCAGGGCACAGAUCGACAACCAGGGCAAGGUUGCCUGCCUGCUGGAGAAGAUGAUUGCGCAGCCCAUCCGCGUCUCCUUCUCGGGUGAGAUUGACCACAAGCAGAACGCCGCCAAGCUCGGUCUCGCAGUAUCGAUAGACGCCGCCGACGAGGCCGUCAUGGAGCAGCAGGAGCGCGCCGUAUCCGACGCCGGCGCCAUCCCGUUUUAAGCCCGUCCCUCCUGUAUCCGACUAUAAUCACCAUAACUCUUCUCUUCGCUGUAUUACCACUUCCUUGAACUCUGAGCGAGCGAGCGUGGCGCCUCGCUUUCCAAAAAGCGCCUGUUUCCAUCCCACGAAUACUAGGGCGGUUGGUUAGGGGCAUUGACGAGUAGAUUUCCCACGCCGUUAUCUUUUCUGGUACCGAAUAAUGGCGCAUAUGUUGAAUCUAAUGGCGACAGCUGAGCUAGAGUUGUUAUGCGGCUGUGGAACAUGGCCAGCUGCAAAGCAGUGACGCUGGCUGCUACUGUAUAUAUAGGAGCAUUGAGCAUCAAAAUUUACUCCGCUUGCGCACCAGGAC